AUGGGGCGCUCGAGGCACGGCGCGGCGGGCCUGCGCACGCUCGCGCGGAGCUGCGCGCGCCUCCUGGAUGGCACGGCGACCUACGGCCGUGGCGUUCUGUCGGGCCCGAUCAGGGAGUCGGGCCCGCUGCCCUUCGGCCUCUGCACCGAGGCCCACACGCUCCGGUGUGCGCGCAGCGCGGCCGGCGCGCACAGCGCCCCCGCGGCACGCGUCCGCCUCUACUCGAACCCGAACGCGGUGGCGGCGGAUGUCGACGAGGAGGUUGCGUACGUCAGCGCCGCGACUCGUGCCCCAGCGACAACGCACCCAGCGCCGCAGAGCGCAGCGCAGCCCGUUCCCGCGGUGUCUGAGCGGUACAACGGCCUCGCAGCAUCGAAACACAUCAGGCCCGAAGCCGCACAAGAGGAUCUCGUGCACUCCCUCGACGCCCUCCUCGCCGCCGCGAUCGACUACGACGCCCGCUACCGCCGCUGGUUGCACGACCUAGCAGUGCACACGCGCAACACCGCGCUCCUGCGCAUGCACGCCGAUGCGCGCGUCGACGCCGAGCACCCCUUGGAGACGCCGGGCGAGCAGGCCGCAGCCGCGCGCCCCCCAGAGCCGACCGUGCUCGCAACCUUGGCCACAUGGGUUGCAGACACAGCGCAACGGUACGGCUUCCCCGACGUAGCCGCCUGGGCCGAGGCGCAGGUCCGCGCGUUGCAGAGCUCGCCGGCCGCCGCGGACACGCCGGAGAAGCGGCGCGCGGCGGCGUGGCGCCAGGCCCGCGCGAACGCUGACGCCGCGGCCGGCGCCGCACCGACCAUGCCGGCGCCGCCCCGCGGCAUUCUCAUUCACGGCAGCGUCGGGAGCGGCAAGACCAUGUGCAUGGACCUGUUCCACGCGGCCGCAGCCGAGGCCCGCGAGGCCUCCGGCGCGCACCUGCACGUGCUGCGGACCCACUUCAACGCCAUGAUGCUGGAAGUGAACUACCUGAUGCACCUGGAGGAGACGCGCGCUGCGGAGGUGCCCACGACGAAGAGCCACCGCGCGGCCGUCCUCGCGGCCCGGCGGCGCACGCGCGAGGAGCACCGGCGCGCGGGGGACGUGGCGCAGCUCGCUGCAUCCAACUCCGCGAUCUUCGCGCCCGUCGCGCACCAGCUGCUGUACGGCUCGCGGCGCUCCCCGCCGGAGGUCGCGCGGCGGGCGGGCGAGCGGGCGGCGCAGGCCGCGUGGGACGCUCGGGAGAGCGCCAGGGCGCAGCGGGCCCUGGACGUGGACUGGGGGAGUGUCGUGGAGCCGGAGCUGCCGGGGGGGCUGGGCCCGGCGGUGCUGUGUCUGGACGAGCUGCAGGUCACGGAUCCGUUCACCGCCGCGGCGCUGAAGGGCCUCCUGGAGCCGCUGCUGGGCGAGGGAGCGAUGGUGGUGGCGACGGCGAACCGGGCGAUCGACGAGAUGCCGCGCCAGGGCCUGCACGAGGCCCUGUUCGAGCACUUCACAGCGGAGCUGCACCGCAGCUGCCACGAGUUCGCGCUCUCGGGGUCCGACCACCGCCGGGACGCAGCCGAGGCGUCGUCGCCCGACGGCGUCUGCCGGGCGUGGGUCUGCCCCGCGCCCGCCCGCCAGGCCCCCGCAGCAUCGGCCGCCCGCGCCGCGGACGACGCGGAGGUCGAGGCGAUCCGCGCGCGCCUCGCCGCGCUCACGGUCAAGAAGCUGCACGCUGAAGCUACGGCCAUCAACCUCCCAGGCCGCGGCCACCUGCGUCGGAAGGCCGCCCUCGUCGACGCACUGACCGCGCACUACGCUGCCGCGGCCGCCGCUCCGGACGAACGCCCCGCGCCCAGCAGCGGUAGCGAGGAGGUGGCCGCGGUGGAGUGCGGCCCGGGCGCCGGGUACUUCUUGUUGGAUGCGGGCGGACCGUCGGACGCGGUGAUGGAGUCUGCGGUCGCGUUGCAGCUGUGGUCGCAGCUCGCGGGUGUACCGGCUGCGUCGGCCGGUGCGCCGCUGUCGCUCCCCGUGAUGUUCAACCGCACGCUGACGCUGCAGCGGGUCGCGCACGGCGCGGCGUGGGUCGACUUCGCCGACCUGUGUUCAGGGAAACCCCCCCUGGGGCCUCUCGGGCCCGCGGACUUCCUCGCGCUCGCCCGGCACUGCCACACGCUGCUCCUCACGGGCGUCCCGCGCAUGGGCAUGGGGAAGCGGGACCAGGCGCGCCGCUUCAUCACGCUCGUCGACGAGCUGUACAACGCGCGAACGCGCCUGGUGUGCGUCGCGGAGGCGCCGCCGGACGAGCUCUUCCGCGGGAAGGGCGGGGCCGGGGGCUCGCUCGUCGACGGCGACGCGGAGCCCAUCUUGGACCUCGAGGGGCUGCAGUUCGAGGGCGAGGCGGAGGGGCGGCGGCUGCGGCGGGACGUGAUGGCGGACGGGGGCGUGGCGCCCGUGGUGUCGGGGCGGAGCGCCGUGGAGGAGGCGCGGCGGCGGCUCGGUGGCGCGGAGGAGGCCUUCGCCUUUGCGCGCGCGGUGUCGCGGCUGUACGAGAUGCAAACGCCCAUGUACUGGCGGGCGCGCGAACCCGAGGCGAGGGCGGCGCGCGGCGCGUGA